AUGGCCCAUGCCAUGAGAGCAAUCGGCCGUCUACGGGCCGUCCGGAGCUCAGGGGCUCUGUCCAUUUCCCCAUUAGCUAUCCGCGCCUUUAGCUUAGCUGCUCAUAACAGAGCCUUCACCUCACCUGCCUCAUCUACACCUCUCAGACCAGGAACCAGACUAUUACAGCACAAACUCACCAGUCAACCCCAAGCAAGGUCCUUCUCCCUCAUUAACGCCUUCGACACAGCCAUAUACAACGCCCAAGAGUACCUCCUCUUCCUCCACACCUCCCUCAACAUCCCAUGGUACCUCACCAUCCCCCUCUUCGCCAUCUCCCUCAACAUGGUCCUCCGCCUCCCCACACGCCUCUACGUCCAGAGCACCUUCCACAGACAAGCCAAGCUGCGCCAUCUCUCCGAGAUCUUCGCCGUCCAAGAAGUCCAAAGGCAGACGGCUCAACAAAAAGGGAAAGCCAGCAAGAUGGACCAUCUCCUCCAGAAGCUCCCCGUGCUUCAUACCAAAGCCAACAACAAAUUCAGAAAGCGGUGGAAGCUCCAACCCUGGCGCAUAAUUGCAGCCCAGCUCGCAACUUUUCCCGUGUGGCUCUUGGGCAUCGAGGCGAUCAGAUGGCAGAGCACCGCCACGGGGGGUCUGCUGGGGUCGAUACUGAACUGGUUUCGUGAGAAACCGGUCACAGCAAAGGCUGCCGAUCCUGUCGAGCUGGCUAAUUCGGCUAUCAAGCCCACCCUACCACCACCACCCUUAGAUAACUCCCUCACCGAAGCCAUCUCAUCAUCCACCCAGGAUAUCGCCACCACCACAGCAACAACAACAACAACAACCCAACCAGCAAUGGAGGGCAUCCUCUGGAUCCCAGACUUUGCCCUCUCCGACCCCUACCACAUCCUCCCCUUGACCCUCUCGGCCGUCCUCGUCGCCAACGCGAUCCCCAAGGACAAGACAAAACUCGCCAGGAUGUUUGGUAAAGCCCCAGUCGUGAACCCGGACGAGAAGCUCACCGGGAAAGAGGAGUUCCGCCGGAGGCUGAUGCUCACGGGAGCGAGGCUGAACUUUUGGUUCUCGAUCCUUGUCGGGCCGUUAACGAUUGGGUUGCCGGCCGCGAUGCACCUUUACUGGAUCACGUCCAGCUUGGGUAACUGGAUGGCGAAGAGGCUGUUUGAUUUGGUCUGGCCGGUGGAAAAGCCAAAGGAGCUGAUGAGGAUGAGGCUGGAGCCGUAUUUCAUUUAUCCCAUGCCGGUGGAGAAGAAGAAGCCGGUGGUCGAGGUGGUGAAGACGGCCGAGACAACUACCAGGCCACCGGUGGUGACGUCGAAAAGAGCGGCGACGGCGGCUACGGUGGUCAAGAAUGAUGCGGAGGUGCCGCCGCAGACGAAACCGGCCCCGGCGAAGCCAGUGUCUCGGUUUUCUGCCGUUCGAGGGGUCAAAAAGGAGAAGAAGGGGAAAUAA